CUUAGAAUUAAGGGAAAAAAAAUCUCAGCUGACAAUCGCAGCCAAUGAGCAUUAAGUUGUGUCGUCAGCAAGUCGUUUCCCAUCAUGCUUUUGAUCAGCGCAGUCGGUGGAGAGCAACUGCGCGCGACUGCAGAAUCCGACACGUGCGCCUUGCGCUCGCGAGUGUUUUUUGACAUACGUCAGCAUGACAUCAGAGCAAGGCGGACUGCUCUCGGACACAUUUCUAACCGGCAUGCAUUACGCGCUGAUCACCGGUGAUCGGUUCUGCGCAGAUUUUGCUCAUCUCAAACAAGCCUAAAGAUUGAUUAUAAACGCUUUUUAGACGGAAGAGUUUUAAACUCGCUGCACCACUGUCUCGUCAACUGACGUAAUGCGCGUGCACGCGAGGGGCACUCAGAUUCUGGCAGGGAUUCCAAUUUCGGCACAACACCGGCCUGUCCAGGAGCGUUCCAAAGACGGCCGCCGAGUGGACUGACUUGCCUUAAAACGUUGGUAUCGUCCAUCAUUGUGCUCAUUACAUUGCCCCGCCCUCAUCACACGAUACCAUAGCAACAUCAUACGCAAAGGCUGUGUUGAGUGCGCGUUAAAACAUGCAAGACAUGUCGGCAAUGAACAGAAAGAUCAUUCAAAACCUGGCUGAAAUGUUAUGCAGACAAAUCAAACAUUUCAAUAAAACAGAGGCGGAGUUUCUAAUAAGACUGUUCGACGGUCUGCUGGGAGAGCAGGAGCAGAGAAGAGGAGGUCAUGGACUGGACCGAGUCAAGUUUCGAAAUUUGCUGCACAACACAUUUGGGAUGACUGACGAUAUGAUGAUGGAUAGAGUUUUUCGUGCAUUUGACAAAGACAAUGACAGCUAUGUAAGUGUCAAUGAGUGGGUUGAAGGACUGUCUGUCUUCCUACGAGGGACGUUGGAAGAAAAAAUUAAAUACUGUUUCAAUGUGUACGACCUAAAUGGGGAUGGAUACAUCUCACGUGAGGAGAUGUUUCAUAUGCUGAAAGAUAGCCUUAUUAGGCAACCAACAGAAGAGGAUCCAGAUGAGGGUGUAAAGGAUCUUGUAGAGAUUGCCUUGAAGAAACUGGAUUAUGAUCAUGAUGGGAAAGUUUCUUAUGCUGAUUUUGAGAAGACUGUAAGAAAUGAAAACCUUCUACUUGAGGCUUUUGGCAAUUGCCUUCCAGAUGCCAAGAGCAAACAGGCAUUCGAGCAACAUGCAUUCCAAGAACCAAAAGAACACUGAAACACAUAAUUUACAUGAAAUGGGAAUGGUUUAUCAAACUAUAUUUGUGGCUUAAAUGGAAAUAAAUAUGCAAAAUAUUAUUCAAUGUUAUCAGGAUUGUGGUUUUAAAUUCUUCUGCGUGGCUUUGCAGUAGUGGUCUUCCCUUGUACAGGAUUGAUCACUGGUACAGAUGCGACCUAAGAAAAAGUAUAAAAAUGGUCAACCUCUGGGGAACAGAAAAUCUGUGCAUAAUGCAAAUAAAACUAAGAAACUAACCUGUGUCAUUGUUUGACGGAUUAAAUUGGCAGUUACAUUUA